AUGACUACCCAUCGUCGCAAGAGCGCCUUCUUCAGAGCCCUGGUCGCCGCCGCUCUCCUCGUCUGCGCCGCCCUCGUCGUCGUCCUGUACUCGCGCAGCGCCCCGCUAUCCGAUCUCGCGAACCCCCUCGUUCUCGGCAGCAGCACCAGCAGCACCAGCAGCAGCGACGACGCCGCCGACGUCGACCCAGACGGCGAGAAUGGCGGCUGCAACGUCAAUCUCGACCGGCUGCGCGCGUGGAACGUGAACGCAAAAUCGGAGCUGACCUCGGUGCAGUAUUCCCGCAUUGAAAUCACCGCCAGCGCGAGCAAGGACUUCAAGCAGUUCCCCGACAGGCUCGACACUUCGCUACCCGCGUACCGUCAGAUCUCGCUCGCGAACAAACGAGACCACUUUGAGAUCCUCCCCAACGAAGCAUGCGACCCGCACGUCCAUCUGCACGUCCCCUUCAACCCGUCGCGCGCCGACGCGUCACACAUCCUGUUCGGCGUCGCGACGACCAUCACCCGCCUGAACGAGUCGCUCGAGGCCUUUGCCCACUGGUCGCGCGGCACGGGCGCCCGCAUCAUCGCCGUCGUCGAGCCCGACGAGAAUAAAGUGCUGGUGCGUCGUCGCGCAGAGGAACUCGGCAUCCACCUGCAGAUCUUCGAGGAUCGCGCAGAGUACCUCGACCGGUACUUCUCGCUGGUGCGGGUGCUCUUCCAGCAGCGCACGCCCGACACCAAAUGGGUGUCUUUCAUCGACGACGAUACCUUUUUUCCCUCCAUGACGAAUCUCGUCCGUCGGCUGGACUCCUAUGACGCCUCCCAGCCGCAGUAUAUCGGGGCCUUGUCCGAGGAUUUCGCUCAGAUGCAUGUAUGGGGGUACAUGGCGUACGGCGGCGGGGGGGUCUUCCUCUCGAUUCCGCUCCUCACAACCUUGAACGAAGUGUACCCGGAUUGCCGCAAGUUCACGGACACGGGCGACUGGCGUCUGGCCCGGUGUAUAUACACGUACACGACGACAAAAUUCACCUGGGAGAGGGGCCUCUACCAGCUCGAUCUGCACGGGGAUGCGUCCGGUUUCUACGAGUCCGGACGACCGUUGCCUCUCUCGCUUCAUCAUUGGAAAUCCUGGUUCGACGCGGAUAUGGUGCAGAUGAGCGCCGUGUCGGCCGUGUGCGGCGACGCGUGUCUGCUGCGUCGGUGGCGGCUCAACGACGACUGGUUCCUCGUCAACGGAUUCAGUCUGAUCCAGUAUUCGAGUCUGCUGGAUGACUUGCUCGGGAUGGAGGAGACGUGGGACCGCAGCAUGACGAGAAAGGGCAACGAGUUUGCCUUUAGUCUCGGCCCGCUUCGGCCAAAGGAUACGGGCAAGCUCUCCCUGCGUCUUAAGGAGGCCGUUGUCGCCAAGAAAGUCGUCAGGCAGUAUUAUCUCCAUGAAGGAGAUGAGGAAACCGAGGCGCAGGUCGUCGAGGUUGUCUGGCGGUUGAACGAUGAUGAUAGCUCUAUGUAA